GGCGGUUUCCGGCUGUCUUGUCCAAUAAAUACAACAAUGCUGCCCCCUGACGGUCGUGUCCCAGGACGACGGUGCCCGGAACUUCCCCUUUGUCACCGGAAGGAUAACUUUUUGGCUUCCGGAAGAGCGUACGCGGGACUGCACGUGGUCCCGUCCGCGGCGUGUGCUGGCGGUUGCCUCAGCUGCGGGUCCCUGCGUGUAGCCAUGGGGGUCCGCAGCGCGGAGGAGUUGCUUGCCCAGGCCGAGCAGGCCGAGGCGGAGAAGCUGCGGCUCAUCACGGUGCACAAGGACUUGGAGCUCGAGUUCGACCUGGGCAACCUGCUGGCCACUGACAGGAACCCCCCGACGGGUUUGCGGCAGCGGAGCGGGCCGGAGCUGGAGGCGCAGCUGCAGGGCCUGGCCCGCGACAAUGUGCAGCUGCUCAUCAACCAGCUGUGGCGGCUGCCCACGGAGCGCGUGGAGGAGGCGGUGGUGGCCAAGCUCCCCGAGCCCAGCCUGCGGCUGCCCCGCGAGAAGCCGCUUCCCAAGCCGCGGCCGCUCACCCGCUGGCAGCAGUUCGCGCAGCUGAAGGGCAUCCGGCCGCGGAAGAAGACCAGCCUGGUGUGGGACGAGGCCAGCAAGCAGUGGCGGCGGCGCUGGGGCUACCAGCGGGCCCGCGACGACACCAAGGAGUGGCUGAUAGAGGUGCCGGGCGGCGCCGACCCCGACGAAGACCAGUUCGCCAAGAGGCAGCGGGCCAAGAAGGAGCGCGUGGCCAAGAACGAGCUGAACCGGCUCCGCAAUAUCGCCCGCGCGCACAAGGUGCAGCUCCCCAGUCAGGGAGGGAUGCACCCCACUGGCUACCAGAGCCGGGCCGAGCUGGGCAAGGCCAUGCAGGUGGCCAAGGUCUCCACCGCCUCCGUGGGGCGCUUCCAGGAGCGGCUGCCCAAGGAGAAGCCGCCCCGGGGCCCGGGCAGGAAGCGCCGCUUCCAGCCCAACGUCGGCGACUUCGCUGCCGAAAAGCAGAGUCAGCUGGAGCUGAUCAGGGUCAUGAACAGCAAAAAGCCCAGAAUGGACGUGACCCGGGCCACCAACAAGCAGAUGAGGGAGGAGGACAGGGAAGAAGCUGCCAAGAGGAAAACGGCCAGGGGGGGCAACAGAAAGGGCCACGGGGGCAAGCGGAAAGGGCGGCCUCCGGGGCUGGGGGGGAAGGGGAAAGGAGGACCCCCGGGCCCGGGGAACAAGCGGAAAGGGGGGCCGCCCGGUGUGGGGGGCAAAAAGGGACAGCGUCCGGGAGGGAAGAGGAGGAAGUGAUGGAUUUCCUCUAGUACGUUCUGGUAGUGCCUUGUGUUCGGGACUCCGGUGAGAUCCAGAUAGGAUCCCCUGCGCUCUGGAACUCUGCUGCUCUGGUGAAGCACCUCCCUCGGAGACCCGAAACUUAAACGCUUUGGACUUUUAAAAAGUUGAAUGGGGGACAGUAAUCAAGGAAUUUUUUGUGGAGGAGUUGAGACUCGAGCCUAGUUUGAAAUGUUUUUCGGGACUCGAAAACUGCUUGUAACUUUUGGAGGAGGGGGAUUGUUGAGGAAGGUAUGACUAUAUUUCAGAUUCUUGGCAAAAAUUUUAUUUUGUGAGUUCAGAAUUGAGUUUAAAAGUAACCAGUUGUAAAGAUUAAUAAAUGUUGGGUUUCUAUUCAAAAUUGUCUAUGUAUUUGUGAGCUUAUAACUUUAAAAUAUGGUGUAGCAUUCUGAGUUUGCUACCUAAAAACAGCAGCCUGCAGUCAGAUGACUGCCGGAUUUUUAUGAAAAGGAAAUACAGCAACUUGCAGAUGAGUUUGAUAUAGUUGUCUUUGGGGAAAUACCUAAAACUAGAAAAACAUGAGGUUAUGUUUUGAGUGUACAGUGAUUAAUUGUACAUGGAUACCACAUAAGUUUUAAACUUGCAAACUCCUAGAAAAAACUUAUGAAAAAGAAUUUUAAUUAGAAUAUUCCAACUAAUUGUUGGGAUUUGAAUAUUAAUAAGUAUGACUAAUGAUAGCUGACUUAGGGUUCUUGUCCCUAAAGGCCUCCUGUUAUAUUACCUUGACCAUUUUGUAAAAUCCACUUUUUAAUUACUUAGCAUGGUAUCCCUAAGUAAUAUUUAAGCAACUCAUAUCCUUUUGCUGAAAUGAUUUAAUUCAAAAUUCAGAAAAUGAUAAAUUUUCAAUUGUUCAUUUAUUAACCCAUACUUUGUGGUAGUUGCUGGGCAAUGCAAAAAUGAAAAGAGUUUGUCAGGAUCAUACAGCAAUCUCAUAAAUAUAUUUUGGGUUUGUCAUCUCACUAGUUUGUGAAGUAUUCCUAUCGAUUUAGAUCAUAACCCUUGUGCUUUUUCAAUAGUAAUUCCCCCUAUUUUUCCUUAAGACGACCUCCAUUGAGCAUCUGUUUAACAUGAUGAAGGCCUUCCUAUUUCUUAUGUCAAAAACACAUAUUCUAGUGGAAUUGUAUUUGUUUAAAAAAAAAAAAAAAAAGCUGACAGACCAUGGUUUCUAGUCAAUUAGGAUCAGUCCCUAUUAACUUUUUAAAAUGAAAAUUCCUAUUUAUCCAUAGUAAAAGUAUAUGAAUAUUUUAAAUGUCUCAGGUUGCUGAAAAUAAGUUUGCAUUAUUUCUUGUAAUUAUUGAAUUGGAUACAGCAUGGAGAGAACUGAGUGUGGAAUCAGAAAAGUUUGUUCAGAUUUCUUAGACAAGUCAGUUCAGCAUCUUGGGGCAGAAUUUCCUCAGCUGUAAGGUCAAGGGGUUGAAAUGAUUCCAUUGCUUAUCGUAUAACUGGCAGUAUGAUAAGCAAGCACUGGUUUAAAAAAAAAAAA